CCCGGGAAUAUUAUUGGUUGGCCAACACGUAUCCUUGAGACUGAAGACAGCAACCUGACAUUCUGCAACGAUAUUCAUGUAACAAGUUGAAUUGUGGAAGUCUGGUAGUCGUCUUCUUUAAGUGAACAUGUCCCGGGUAUUGAUAGUGGGCGCCGGGGUAACUGGUAGUUUAUGCGCCUGUCUUUUGAGGAGAGAAAUGCAAAGCAAAGUACAAAUAGUAGUGUGGGACAAGUCAAGGGGCACAGGGGGAAGGAUGUCGACCAGUAGAAAUCCAGACGGCACAUCUAGUUUAGCAGAUCUGGGAGCACAGUAUAUCAGUGCUACACAGUACUACGCUCAAGCACAUCACAGCAUCUAUGCAGAGCUUCUAGCUCAUGGAAUACUGAAACCUCUGGAAGCUACCGUAGAAGGCCUUCGGGACGUGGAUGGCACCAAGAACUAUGUCACUCCAGCGGGCAUGUCCUCCAUCGCCAAGCACUUCCUCAAAGAGUCAGGAGCCCAGUUGCACUUCGACCAUCAUGUGACCAGUCUCUUCCGAAGAGGUGCAUCAUGGGAGGUGCAUAGGAAGGGUGGCGAGCCGGAGAAGUUUGACGCCGUGGUCUUAACGAUGCCUGUGCCUCAGAUACUCCAGCUGCAGGGUGACCUGUCAGAUCUGCUCGCUGCGGACCAGAGGGGGCAGCUGGAGGCGGUGAGCUACUCGUCGCGCUACGCCCUGGCUCUGUUCUUCCCGCCGGCCGCCACCGUCCCCGUCCCCUGGGCCGCCUGGUACGUCCCCGGGAACCCCUGCAUCCGCUACGUCGCCGUGGACGACCGUAAACGUGGCCAGGAGUCUCCAGACUGCGGGUCAUCUCUGGUGGUCCACACCAGCGUUCCGUUCGGCCUGCAGCACCAAGAACUGGACAAGGAGGAGGUCCAGCCAAUCAUCUUGGAGGAGCUCCAUAAGCUAGUUCCUGGUCUGCCUCAGCCAACCAGCACCAAGUGUCAGAAGUGGAGGUACUCCCAGGUCCUCACGGCGGUCCCAGGAUGCCCGGGUCACAUGACCCUCCUGGCCGAGCCCCUGCUGGUGUGCGGCGGAGACGGCUUCACCCACUCCAACCUGGACGGCUGCGUGGAGUCCGCCCUCAGGGUGCUGGGCGCGCUGAAGGAGGCCUCCGUCCAAUGGGAAGCUCCCCGCUAAACAUUGGGCCCCCCCCCCCCCCCCCCCCGUAAACACCCUCUGUGGAGGGAUGUGCAAAUAAUUAACAGUGCAAUCGUCCUUUUUGAGAUUUUUGUUGAAUAUUGUUGAAUUUGACAUUACAAGAGAUGGACAUCUGGAUAUCUAUUAAUAAAAAAUUGUUGAAUAA